UGUCCAAUUUCGUCCCUGACAAUAAUGUUUCCUACAUCAUGUGUUCUUCUUCUGCUGGGUGCAGCAUGCAGAUAUUCAUUACAAUGAAAUGACGGUCUUUUCUGUGUUUUUUUGUGAUUAUUUGUUUAUAGUCAUUCUCGGCAACAGGCCAUCUGAAGGACAUUCUCGGAAAUAAUGAGGUUCAUCGUAAGUUUCAUCAGAUAAGUUUCGUUUCAUUGAGUCUGGCAGAAGAAACAGUAUUUUGAUGAGGAGGAUAUCCUCGACUCCCAAGAGUGUAUGCAAAGUGUCUGUUUUUAAGUUUCGUUUCGGAUGAAGUGGUUCUGAUUUGACUUGGAUGGGAAACGAAAGUAAAGGACAGGGGGUCAGAGAAGGAAGUGGGUGUUGGCAUCAGCAUCCUUUAUAAACUGAACGCGGAUGAAAACUGAGUUUCUGAACUUCGCAACGCCGGCGAUGAUGCGACUCUUGGACCAACUCGUCUGAGAAUCAGGCCGAGCCAGGAAGGAUGAGUUCCAAGGCAAAGAAAAAAUCUCGAACGUCCUUCGGGGCAACAGCGCCGCCCUUCAUUGACUACCUGCAAGAUAUUCUGCGACGAUAUCCAGAUGGUGGACAAAUUUUGAAGGAGCUCAUUCAAAAUGCAGAUGACGCUAAAGCCACAGAAGUGGUUUUCAUCCACGAUGAGAGAAGCUACGGGACUGAGAGCCUUUGGACGGACGAAUUGGGAGAAUACCAAGGUAUGCAAGAUGUUUCUUGAAAUCAGUUGUGGUUUUU